AUGGGCAAAGUUAAAAAAAUUUUGGUUGUAUCAAAAUCCAAUAAAGACUUAGGAUUGACAAGACAAGCAAUGUCUCAUGUUACGUCUACCAAUCUUAUUCCGUGGAAUCGACCCACUGUUGACUUUAUCAACAAUGUCGCAAUUGUUUCUACGGUAAAAGUGGCAAACGAAUAUUCCAAUUUAGGAUUUAUUAGCUAUAAUACAAAUGAAAUUGAAAAGUGGCUACAUCAUAUCAAUAUUUUAACGCAUAUUCAAGAGCAUCUACAAUGUGAGAAUAUCAUACAGUACAUUUGGUCGCAUAAGACGGAAUUGAUCAAGUUACCCCAAGCGUUGAACGAACUUUUAUGUCAUCGCUUGAAAUCUAAAUUGUUAAUUUGCUUUGAAAUUUUUGAUGAAUAUAUCAAAGUCGACGCAGCACGAAACCUAUUUCCCCUCUCUCCUAGUACAUUAUACUAUUUAAUCCAAGAUCUUGCUACAGCUUUUCGACAUUUGCAUUCCAUUGGAAUUUCUUAUGGUCAAGAAAUCACUGUGGGAUCCUUAUUAUGGACUAAAUCGAGCCAAGGAGUUCUGGUUCCGUUUUUGUAUAAUUUUUCAAAAUCAAAAUUAUGGAAAUUUGCAAAAGAUGAAAAUGAGCUAGAAGUGAGCCGAAAUAAUGAUAUUCGUUACUUCAUUGACUUUAUGUCAGAACUAAUCCAAUCUUCUAGCAAGUAUCAAAGUCAUUGUACUGACAAUGGGAACAAGCCAUCAUCAUCCAAUAAUGAUGAGAACGACUCAAUCAACUCUGUAAAUAUGGAAAAUAUCCAAAGUAGCAAACUCUCAGCUUUUCUUCAGCAACUUAACGCAAAUAGCGGCACGUGGACGUCAUUCGACGAAAUUCUUGACGCUUUAGGCUCUUUUGGUAUAUGUCAUGAAAGCGAAUCACUGAUCCCACAACCAGAAUCAAAAGCUGCAGUCAUCCAAUAG